AUGGCUUUAAUGGGCAUGGAAACGGACUCCUCAUCUUUCCCAAGUUCCUCUUCUUCUUCUGCCGCCCGACGGAAGUAUGAUGUGUUCCUCAGUUUCAGAGGUGAGGACACCCGCUACACAUUGGCAGACCUUCUAUAUGAUGCUUUCAAUCAGAAGGGCAUUAACGCCUUUAAGGACGAUGAAAAACUUGAGAAAGGAAAAACUAUUUCGCCAGAGCUUUCAAGAGCAAUAGAAGAAUCGCGAUUUGCUGUUGUCAUUUUCUCAAAAAACUAUGCAUCUUCGACUUGGUGCGUAGAUGAACUUGCAAAGAUCUUUCACUGCGAGGAACACAUGGGAAUGAAAAUUCUGCCAGUUUUUCAUGACGUGGAGCCCUCUGAUGUGCGGAAGCAAAUGGGAACUUUUGAACAGGCUUUUAUUGAACAUGAAAAUCGUUUCGAGGAGAAUAUAGAGAAGGUGAAGAUGUGGAGAGCUGCUUUGACUCACGUGGGCAAUCUCGCUGGAUGGCCUUUAAUGAAUAGGCCUCUCUCACAAGUUAUUAGAAGCAUUGUGAGGCUAAUAUGGCAUAACUUGAAUAAUGAUACAUUCUUAGAAGUUAUCAAGGGCCUAGUGGGAAUAGACUCUCAUGUGGUGGAAUUGGAGUCGCGUUUAGCUUUAUGGUCAAAUGAUGUUCGCUUUAUAGGGAUUUGGGCGAUGGGGGGAAUGGGUAAGACAACUCUUGCUUGGGUUGUUUAUCAUAUGGUUUCUAAAGAUUUUGAAGCUUGCAGUUUUAUUGAGAAUGUUAGGGAAAAUUUUGAAAAAAAAAAAGAUUUUGUUCCAAUACAACAAAAAAUUAUUGAUCAAAUUUUGAUCGAAAAGGAUUUGAAAAUAAAAGAUAAGUAUGAUGGAGUUGUCAAGAUCAAAAAUGGGUUACGUCAUAAAAGAAUUCUUCUUGUUCUAGAUGAUGUAGAUAAGCUAGACAUGUUAAACAUGUUAGCCGGGGAGCAUGAUUGGUUUGGCCCGGGUAGUAGAAUCAUCAUAACAACAAGAGAUAUGCAGGUGUUGAAGACACAUGGAGUGGAUGAAAUCUAUGAAAUUAAAGGAUUAAAUGAUGAAAAUGCUCUUCAACUUUUUUGCUUGAAAGCUUUUAAAAAAGAGCAUGUCCCUGAUGAUUAUAUAGGGUUGUCUAGCCAUUUUUUGGAAUAUGCCGGAGGCCUUCCUUUAGCUCUUGAGGUUUUGGGUUCAUUUUUGUUUGGAAAAAGUACUGAUGAAUGGAAAAGUGCGUUAGAGAGGCUCAAAGAAUAUCCUAAUCUAGAAGUUUUGCAUGUACUUCAAAUAAGUUUUCAUGGACUCCAUGACACAGAGAAGGAAAUAUUCCUACAUAUUGCAUGCUUCUUUAAUCAUAAUGAAAAAGAUUAUGUUGUAGAAGUACUGGAUAAUCUUGGCCUUCAUGCUGGUAUUGGAUUGAAGGAACUCGUUGAUAAAUCUCUCUUGAAAAUUAUGGAUGAUGAUGUAGUGUGGAUGCAUGAUUUACUUGAAGAAAUGGGUAAGAACAUAGUUUUUCAAGAACACCGUGAUGAUCUUGGAAAGCGUAGUAGAUUGUGGGUUUAUGAGGACAUUGACAAAGUAUUUAGAAAAAAUAAGGGAACAAAAGCAGUUCAAGCUAUGGAUAUUUGGGGUGGUGGUUUUCUUGAAGAACAUGUGGCAACUUGGAACCCUGAUGCCUUUUUGAAGAUGUACAAUCUUAAAUUUCUUAGAGUUGAUUACAUUGACUAUGUCCCCACACAUCUUCCUAAUGAUUUAAGAAUUCUUGAUUGGACUGUUUAUCGUUCAAAAUCCUUGCCAUCAAGUUUCCAGCUAGAUGAGCUUGUUCAGCUUCGUUUGCAAUAUAGCGAAAUAGAACAACUUUGGAUAGGAAUAAAGAAUUUUGACAAGUUGAAGUUCAUUGAUUUGGCUAGCUCCUUAAACCUAAUCAUAACCCCUGACUUCACCGGAGUGCCAAAUCUUGAGAAAUUAGUUUUGUCAAAUUGCACAAAGUUACGCGAGCUUCACUCAUCCAUUGGGAUUCUAAAAAAACUUAUUCUUCUUGAUCUAAGACGUUGCCGAAAACUAAGUUGUCUUCCAAGAAAGUUUGAAAUGGAGUCACUCGUGACUCUUGAACUUUCUGGUUGCUUUGACAUCGAGAAAAUUUCAGAAUUUGUUGGAAACAUGGGAUGCUUACAAGAGCUGAAUUUGGAUGGCACUGGUAUUAAGGAACUACCUUCAUCAAUUGAAGGCUUGAUUGGCUUGACUUCACUAUCUCUAGCAUAUUGUGAUGACCUUGUGUGUCUUCCUAGCGCCAUUUGUAGUUUGAAAUCGCUUGAAUCUCUUGAUCUUUCUUGGUGCUUAAAAAUUGACAAAUUGCCAAAGAACCUAGGGAAUGUCAAAGGUCUAAAGGUGCUUAAGUUGAGUGGAACUGCUAUAAAAGAGCUCCCUUCAUCAAUUGAACAUAUGACAAGCCUUACUUUACUAACUUUUAAUAAAUGUAAAAAUCUUGUGUGUCUUCCUAACUCCAUUUUUAGUUUGAAGUUGGGUAAUUCUCUUGAUCUUGCUGGAUGCUCAAAAUUUGACAACUUGCCAGAAAACCUAGGGAAUGUUGAAGGUUUGGAGAAGCUUGAUUUGAGUGGAACAGCUAUUAAAGAGCUGCCUUCAUCGAUUGAACAUUUGACAAGCCUUACUUUAUUGUCUCUAAAAAAUUGUAAAAACCUUGUGUGUCUUCCUAGCACCAUUUGUUGUUUGAAGUUGCUUAAUUCUCUUGAUCUUUCUGGAUGCUCAAAAUUUGACAGGUUGCCAGAGAAUUUGGGGAAUGUUGAAGGUUUGGAGUUCCUUGAUUUGAGUGGAACUUCUAUAAAAGAAGUUCCUUCCUCCAUUGUUCUCCUUAAAAAUCUCAAAGAACUUCUUGUCCAUGGAUUGAAAGAAACAUUAUUUUCAUUUGAUUCCAUGCCAAUGAGUCAUAUUGCUGUGGGCUUAUUAUUGCCUUCAUUAUCAGGUCUGCAUUCCUUAAUAUACUUAGAUCUUUGUGACUGCGAUCUUUCGUCAAUCCCCAAUGAUAUUGGCAACUUGUCUUCUUUAGCACGCUUAAAUCUAUGUGGAAAUAAUUUUGUUUCCCUUCCUAAAAGCAUCUCUCAACUCUCUAACCUUCAAACACUCCAUUUAAAGGGUUGCAAAAGGCUUCAAUCAUUGGAAAAUGUUCCAUCAACUAUUGAAUUCGUAAUUGCAAACAAUUGUACUUCACUGGAGAGAUUGCCAGAACUACAAAAUCAUCCUCUUAGGUCAUGUCCCUCCCGUUUGCUUUUCACGUAUCUCAACUGCUUCAAAUUGGUUGACAAUAUUCAAAGUGGAAGUAACAUGCUUCAGGGACAAAGUGGUAGACUACCAAACAUGUUAGAGAUUAUUAUUCCUGGAGGUGAAAUUCCAAAAGGGUUUAGCCCUGCAAGGUUUAUUUUGAAAAGUCCCCCUCGAAGUAAGCUUCAAGCGUUGAUGGGUCAUACAUGGAAGAUACAACUACAAGUGCCGUCUUGUAGGUGUGAUGAGCUGAUGGGAAUUGCGUUGUGCAUUGUUUUUGUACCCAACGGGUCAUAUCAAAGCAGUUGUGCAUUUGAGGUACAUGGAUUUCGAGGGGCAGUUCCAGUAAAAUCUGAUUUUGCAAUAAAUUAUGGUAAAUUUGAGUCACCUACCAUGCUAGACUCUGGAUUUAUGACAAAUUAUGGUAAAGUUGAAUCACCUCACCUUUGGUUGCUCUAUUUGUCCACUCACUAUUCUGGCUCCAAUUGGGGAGAAACAUUUAGUCAAAUUGAUGCGAAUGGAGCUCAUCAAUUUGAGAUUGAAAUAUCUUCCCCAGAAUAUGAGGUGGAAAAAGUUGGGUUCCAUUUGGUAUACAAGCAAGACAUCGAGGAUCCCAAUCAAACUAUGGCACAAUGUAGCAGCAACAGUAUGCUCUAUGAGGAUCUGGUGGAUCUCCAUAAUGAUCAUUCCAAUUCAGCUGCAGAAGGUUUCAGAAAUAAGCUAAGCAAUGACGGGGAUGAUGGGGCUGGACCUAGCAGAAAAGGCUACUCUGAUGAGGAACCACAGCCAGAGAGGAUUCAUAGACUCGGAAGAUUUAUGGCUGAUUCUGAGGAUUCUAGUCAAAGGGAAAUUUUUUACUUCAGAGAAUGGAUAUUUCGGUUACUUUGUUGGUGUGCAAGAGACAAAGACAAUAGAGAUGAGUAGUAUAAAUGGGUAUGCUCUUAUAAACGUUUGGAGAAACUUCUGCUUUUCCAACAUCUUAUACUACUGGGACCGUGUAGACUUUCAGAUACUGAGUCCAGUAACUAUACUACAGCAUGGAUGCAAAAGUUGGGAAUCUCAUUAAUAGUCCCAGCCAAAUCGAAAUACUUCCUUCGGAGGACUCUGAUCAAUUCACUGUCCGUGUGAUGAGCAAUCUAUUUUGCCAUAGAAGGAGACUGGUUGGUGGUUAUCAAUGCAAUAUGCUGAGCAAGCGAAAUGCACAUCACCAGCAGGGCACAUUGUUGAAGACGCGAAAUGGCUUGCAACAGACAUGAGAGCAUGCAAAUUUUAACAUACCAGAAGAGAGGCAAACAUUGCUCUGCACAUUCUCUGGCACGCCCCAACCUCAAGCCCAGUUUUUAGAAGCUCCUAUGUAUAUGGCUUCCGGAUAUACCAGCCUCCAUUGCAAAUGUUAUUUUAAUUUUUUAAAUGAGUCAUUGUUAUGUUGGUUUUUGAUGCAGCAAUAAAUUAUUCAUGCUCUUCUUUUUUUGUUUUUUUAAAAGGUAAACAAAAGAAUAGGAUUGAAGUUCCAAGAAGUGAAGAACAUAGAAAAAGGGCUGGAAUUUGUCUCUCUUUCAGGGGCAUUUUGUAAGCGCAAUGUUAGAUUUUGUAAUAACCUGCGCAUCACGUGGGAUACCGGAUAUGUUAUCAAAGACAAUAUUAGCCUAAAUAUUCAGGAAUUUUUAGGAGUUUUUUAGAUCUCCUUAGGUUUUCAUUUUCUUUUUUUAAA